AUGCUCACCCAGAACCGACUGCCGGCCCACCAUCCUCCCGCUGCCCCCGCCGCGAAGCCUGCGACAGCCAAGACUCCAAGGAGAAGCACGACCGCUCAACCCACGCGGGGCCACCAGCAGACGACUGGCAGGAAUGCAGCCAACGAUCCAGCCUACAAGCCAGUCACUGAUGCCGAAGUGGCAGCUCUCAUCGUCUGCUCAGCUACCCGGGCACAAGCCCACAGAGCGACUGCCACGUUUAUAGCGGCCAGCCGAGCAUCCGGGGAUUGGUGUGCGACCAAACCGUACGAUCAACAAAUCGACCCUCACUUGAUACGGCUCAAGCGAUACCUGGACUUCUUCCAUGGCCGCAAAUCAAAAUCGACCGGCUCGAGGAAGGCCUCAGGCUGGCCGAUUACCCGGGAUAAGUUCCUGAUCUGGGCUGCUCGAGACCCAUUGGCAAGCUCCGAUUCAAUCACUCUUUACCUUCUGGUUCUCGAGGCCGCCCGUACCGCAACUCAUCACCUCUUCGCCCCCAUCAUGCCCCAACUCUCGAACCAAUCCCUGCUGCUCGACCCUUCGGUCCAGGCAGCGGUCUCGUCUUUGGACCCUAAUUUCGCCGCCAAGGCCAGUGCUAGUGCCAACCAAACUGGCAACUCUAUUGCAAGGAUCACUUCGGCUCCGAGCACCAAUCCUAACAGCUCUAGAGGUCAAGAUAACUCUCAGGUCAACAACCUCUGGGAUAGAUUCUUAAAAGACCUUUCAGCCUCGGGCCCCUCACUUCCGCCUAAACCCAGCUUCCUUCCCGCUAAACCGCCCCAAUGUACGGUAGCUUCGUCUUCGGAGCGACACACACUUUCUCAGGUCGGGUCUUCAGAGAAGAUGCCGUUGAGAGGUGAUCUUGCCAAGAAGAUACCUGACAGUUCUUGUACAGAAGACAUUUUAUGUAUUGGCGAUCACCUCCCCCUUGCGCACCAGCUUCGACCCGACCCCGCCCAAGAUCAAAACAACAACAGGGGCUUGGCUAAGCCGCCCAAGCAAGCCCGAAGACUCUCUGAGAGCUCGGAGGAUCCCCCGCUGGCCCUCCCACCCGCCCCUCCUGCUUGCCGCAAGAAACUCAAAACUGAUCAUCUCAAUCACCCCCACAAUCCCCCGGCUGUAGAUCUCUCGGUGGAACACGACAAACGUGACGAACUGCAACUUUCACAACUUCGAGAAAAUGUCAGGAGGUUAGAGCAACAGGACCAAGCCGGAAAGCAAGUGCAACUAGCAUUGGACAACAUCUCGGGGCCCCAAAACACCUCAUUUCCAGAUCUGCGUGUGUUCAUUCCUUCCCCUGCGACGUUUAUAUGCACAGACCAGGAAGAACUGCUUAUUUUCGUUUUCUUGUGCCAUUCACUAUGUGAGUCUAUCGACCCUAUGGGUGAACGCGCAGAAUUGGAAAGAAAAGUCUGCAUUUACACUUCAACCGCCCAAUCCUGA